AUGACUAAUCUUGGUGAUGCCUAUGGGGUUCUUGGGGAGACCGAUCGUCUACUUGAAGUGGCGCUUAUUGUUACUGAUAAACACCUCAACGUUUUACACGAAGGGCCGGAUCUUGUCAUACACCAACCAACUGAGGUGCUGAACGGUAUGAACGAUUGGUGCCGUAAGCAGUUCGGGUGGAAAAAUGGGCAGCCCGUGCCUGGCAUGCUUGCUGAAGAAGUGUUGAAAUCAACGAUCACUGAGUUUGUGAAGGAAGGUCAGGGGCUUUUGGCGGGCAACACUGUUCACGUUGACAAGAGGUUCCUUGAGAAGUACAUGCCGAGGUUCAGUGGUUACUUGCAUUAUCGUGUUCUUGACGUUAGCACAAUAAAGGAGCUUGCCAAGCGCUGGGAUCCGGAAGUUCUUGAAGCCUUCACUGGGAAACGAGCAACGCAUCGAGCCCUGGAGGAUAUUCAGGACAGCAUCAAUGAACUGAAACACUACAGAGAUUGCGGCUUCAUCAACUGCAAAGUCUCCAAUUGA